GUCCGGGUCGUCAGCUCCGCUCGUCCGCUUGGUUCUUGUCACAGAGUACUUUUAUUGGUUCUUGUUUGGUUCACUUAAUUCGCAUAUUGGAUCCCUAUCCCAGUGAUGGACGUAUUGAAUUCAUGUCGCUGCUGCCUGCGGUGCCCUCCGGACAAGGACCUGACAACGUCGUAUACACAUUUCGGCAAAUUAGAGAUAUAUUCCCACAUGCUCAAGGAUUGCUUCGAUCUACAUCUAUCAGUUGAUGGAAAUGUCUCGCAUGGGAUCUGCCUGACAUGUGUGGGCCGCCUGCGAGACGCAAGUGACUUCAAAUUGCAAGUACAGCGCAGUCAGGCAGAGCUGGAGGCAGUACUGCUUGCAAAAGUGGAGCCCAUGAUUAAGAUUGAGGUGGCUGAUGAGAGUACAGGUGAUGAAUCUGCGUUCGUCACGUUAUAUGAGGUGCCCCCAGAAAGAGCUGAGACGGCUGGAGAAGAUGAGCCAGAUGUUGUGCUACAAACAGAUCCGCUGGUGAAGUCCGAGACACCUACUGAUAUGGAUGACGAGGACUCGUCACGGUCGGCUGUCGCGACUUCUUCCAGUGGAGAGAAAUUAUACACCUGUGAAGAAUGUAAAACAGGCUUCAGAAAUAAGCUUAUUUUAAGCAAACACAUCCAAGACUCGCACAUAUCUCCCGGACUUUCAUUAGAUUCAACAAAGAACCGACAAUUCAGUAAUACAUCUAGUUCCACAAAGAUUAAAUUGAACAAGAAAGGCGAACAGAUAACAGAAUUGAAGUGUACUCAAUGCGAUUAUAAAACAAUUUCCAAGAGAAAUUUUAAUAAACAUAAAAACUAUCACUUUGAUGAGGAACAAUUAAAUUGCAAACACUGCGAUUAUGUCGCUCGUUAUAAGGGCCACUUGCGUCUACAUCAGGUGAUACAUUCUAGAUCCUCUUAUACGUGCGAAUGUGGCUUCAAAUGUAGGUGGGAAUCGGAAUUACGACGGCACAAGUGGGUACACACUGGAGAAAAACCAUACAGUUGCAAGCACUGCGAUUACAAAUGCCGUCAGAUGACAAACUUGCGGACGCACGAGAGGGUACACACGAGUGGCAAGCCUUUUAAAUGCGAUCGUAGCGAUUGCGAGUACGCGUCUCGAUAUAAACAGGCUUUGGUAAGACAUUAUAAGACGAAACAUAGAGAAAAACAUGGGGGAUCUUAGGCAAUGGGUAGAUAAGCUUUUGUUCUACUGUCUCGUUGUUGGCCAAAUAAAUUAGAUUUUUUGGAAGAA